AUGUCUGUAAAUUCGACGGAAGUCAACCUAGCAAAUGAUAAGAAGUCAUCACAGUUGCUGUUUUUUGACACUUUGACAGCGAAUAAACUCUCCAAUAAUGACGAGUUGCCUACAGAUCGUAAGGGUGAUUAUAUCGGUCAAACUUCUCCCAAUAAAUUCGAUCUCCACCUUCUUAUCCAUAAAGCUCCCACUAUCGAUUCUGCGAAACCUGAAAAACGCGCACCGUUGCCUCUGCAUCCAUUGACAAUUUCUUUUGACGAAAAAAAAAAGGAACUCAGAUCGCAAAAAAAUAAGGAAUCGAUAGGAGCUUCAACAUUUAACGAACCACAAAACAAUAAAAAGGAGCACGGAGAUGGUAUUAUCAACAAUGGAACAGACAUUUCUCUUGAAAAGCAAAGCAUGCAUAUUUCCGUACUUCCUUCAACGAUCGCAAAUAAUAACAAUAAAGAAAAGUUCGAUAAUGAAGCAUCUGGUAGCGGUAAGAUAGUAAAUAAAGAAAAUGAAACUAUUAUAGAUGAUGCCAGUUCGAAUAAGACAUCUAUAGGUCACAAUAUCACAAUGGAUGGUGUUCAAAAAGAACGGACUAUACCAUUCAUAGACCCAACUUUAUCGGCUAAUGAGAAAGCAUCUAUCGAGCAUCAAUUUAGCACGCCAAUGGAUGUAGAUACUUUUUACUUGGACGUCGGAAUAAGAGAUAUCUCCGAUGUUGAGCGAGUAGGAAUAUUAUUAAGAAAAGAUCGUUCAGAUUCUUUCAGAAUUUUAAAUCCACAAACCCUAGCAAAUUGUGUGGGACUUGAUUUAAGUGAUAAAGAUCUACUUGCGUUUCAUUCAUCACCCGAUGAAACAAUUCUGUCAUCUACAUUUCGUACAUUUUCUGAAAUCGAAUUUAAAAAGGCAUGGGAUGACUUUGUUGAUCGUAUUCAAAAUGUCGAUUCAUUGAUUUCUGCUUUGCUAAACCCUAACAUCGAGGGAAUAGUUGUUACUAAUGCAUUUGAAUUAGAGCGCAUUGUAAAUUUAUUGGCGGAAGUAUUUCAUCAAAUAUCUGAUGUAAUCAUAGAAGGUUGUCUUUGGGCAAGGUUUCAAAGUGUUCGAUAUGAUGAUAAUCUUUGUCUUGCAGAUAAAUUGGAUAUAUUAUAUAAAUCUAUUAUAUUCGCUCUCGAUAUUUCAGAGGGAAAGUCUUCUGUAAAAUUAUUUGAAAGUGGCCUUGCCUUAUUCUGCAAAUUAUGUAAAUGUGGUGAAGAUUUCAUAAACCUAUCGUUGGUUCAGUCCGUCCUGAAACUCGUGGUUCCGCUUUUAAUUGAACAACACGUAUCUUCUAUUCUACAGACGAGAGUACUUCGAGGUUUAUUAGAAUGCAUGGAAGAAACAAGAGUUGUAGAAAGCCUUCUUGGGUGUUGUGAUAAAAAUCGCG